AUUAUAAUGAUUUACUUACAUUAUCUGAUUUAUUUUGGAGUUAAAACACAUUUUAGUCACAAGCAUGGCCAAUAUCGAAGAGAGUUCCCUUAUUAGCUCACGUGCCUAUCUGUUUUAGUACCAUGACUUCUCAACAGAAUGUUAUCGAUCAAAUAAUAACACUGCUCUACGCGUAGCGAAACGCCAUCCGUAAACCUACCACAAGAUAUACUUAUUCCCGCUGAAGAGAAAACAGUGCGCUGUUAGCCGAUGCAGAGUAGCUAUGAUGCUGACUCCGCAAGAACUGCGUCUCCGAAUACAACAAUUAGAGCGGCGGACACAGGCAGAGUACAGUGCUGCUAAGGACAUUUUAGAGAAUUAUCAAAAAACUCCGACAGAUGGAAAGACCAUUUGCAGGUCACCGCCCAAGCUUGGACCAUCCUCGAAGAGCAUUGAGGAGUGCGAGAAGCAUAGACAGUUCACUCUGAUAAACCAACUCAACGGGCUGCAGUGUGCUGUCAGGGCCAAGGAGUCUCAGCUGGUGGAGUUGGAGCAGGCCUUUAAAGCCUUAGAGCUGGACUCCACCCCGGAUGGAGACGAGCAGCGCUGCAACCAGUGCGUGAGGCAGCUGGAGAACAGCCUAGAAAAGAUGACCAUGAAAAUCACAGAGGCUGAGAGGAUCCAAACCACCUAUCUGCGUGUCUGUGAGCACCUGCAUUGGGAGGUGCUCCAGAUGCCCAUGACUCUGGAUCAGCUGCAGAACUCGGUGGUUGGCGGUCAGGCAGAGCUGGGGACGGUGGCCCACAUAUCUCACACUGCAGUGGCAGCUCUGGACAGCACCAAGAGUCAGCUGGUUCAGAUAGAAAGGCAGCUGACGACGGAGCGCAGGGAGAUGGAGGAGGCAUUGAAUGAAACAAGGAGGAUGAAGGAGAAGGUGGUGGAGGGUCGUCUGGAGAGAGAAAGGGAGGGACAGCAACGGGCCAGCAAAUCACAGAAGCUUAAAGAUCAGGGGCGGAGAGGAAAUGCCAAAGAGGGAGGGACUGACGUUACAGUUCCUGUCAAAGUCCAGCAGACCGUCCCAGUCCCCACCACUCCACAGUCCAUAGGCAAACUGGUGAAGGAUAUUGACUCUCUAAAAGAAGCUCUCUGCUGCACUGAUCUGCAGGAGCUGGAGACACGGCUGCUCUCACAGAAGGCCAAAAGGGAGAAGCUGCACCACCGGAUGGCCCAGUGUGAGGAUCACGUCAGGCAGAGCGAAGACACGCUGGCAGCCCUAAAGCUCCAGUAUGCACAGCUCAAGUUCAGUGCCGGGCCCAGCUCAGACAGGUUUGAGCAACUCAAGGAGGAAAUACGGACAGAGCUGGAGCAGGAAGGGGAACGUUGCAGACUGUGGGAGGCCAAACUGAGCAAAGCUCAGUCCGUGCUGAGCGGAGUGGAGAAGGGUGUCGACAACCUGUUCGUCAGGAUGAACUGUGUGCCAGUCAAGGACUCUCCCCCAGACCUGGGGCGACUGGAUGCGAUAGAGAAGCUGAGGGAGGUCAGUGUCCGUCUGCCCACAUUGCUGACCACAGUUUCAGAGGAGACCGUAGAAAACACAGCCGACCAUGAGAAGGUGUGGGCCUUUCUGGAGCAGAGCAUCAUGAUGGCGCCCUGGAGCUACAAGAGGUCUAGCAGCCCUGUGCACGACAGCGCCUCAGAAGGCACGUUCCAGUUCCACAGUCAAGAGGAGGACUGCUCUCUGUCACGUGAGGAGAUCAAGCGCCGCAGCAUUCAGCAGAUCGAGGCCAACCAGCCCAAGAAGAAAGCAGGGAAGGGCACCAAGAAGAGCUAGAGACCUCUGGAGAACGACUGCUGUGGCCCUCUGCCUUCUACUGAGAGUAAGACUGAGGAAAUCAUAAACAGUCUUAUCAUCUGAUUGACUUCCUUUGUUGUAUACUUCACUGUAUAUCUCUCUUUAUUUAGAAUAUGUUGGUUUUGUGUCAAGGGUUUGGUGAAAUUACAGGUCAGGGAGAUACUUUUUUCCUAAUUAAUACAAACAACUAUGAGAGGUUAGAUCCCACCCAGCCCAGUCAAAACUCUUCUCUGUCCUGGUUCCCCAGUGGUUAAACCACUAGGAGGGUCCCUACCCGUUUUGAAACCUUCAUUAAUCUGAUGCUUGCACCAACUUUUUUCUUUCCUUAUAGUACUGACUUAGCUGAUAGGUACUUCAUUUAUGUAAAAUGUACAUACCGUUGCUGGGUUAUCUGGCUGUCCUGACUUGUAAUUUUAGGAUUAAUGGACUUGCUGUUAGUUGCUCAGCUAAAUAACAAAAAUGUAAAUGUAAAAUAUAUUUUAACUAACACCUUGCACAACCUUACUUGGUUAUUCAUUACAAAAUAACCAGGGAUAUAAUUAACCAUGGUGACGUACUGAGCUGGUCUUCAGUAUUGACAUAUUGCACCUCUCUCAGCAGCCAUUGGGUGGUGGCAAAGUGAACAACAUUCACCCAGACUGAAGGGAAGAUAUGGAAAAAAUGCAAGUGGAAGUGAAGACAGAAUCUGAUUAUGACAUGAAAUAGCAUUGAAGGUGAAUGAAGAGUGGUCCUCUUGUACAGAACAAAUCCGACCUAAGGAAUAUACAUGUGCACUAAACCUUGAUUAGCCAUCCUGCAACUUACGGGAAAUUGGGUCAAGGAGGUGAAGACGCUGAUUGGCAUGUGACUAAGAAAAGUGAUCAAUAUUUAAUAUUGAUGUGUGACUGGGUCAUUUGCGGGGCGGAUCGAUGUGAAACACACAGGCUAAAACAGGCUGAGCUAGCUGACACAGCGCUAUCUGAAACUGGAACUAACCACACUGUUGGCCAGGGUCUCUGAUCCAAUGUAGUGUACACAUGACAGAUUACAGUUAUAGACAAGACUGCAUACUAUUGAUUACAUUAAAAUGCAUAAAAAAGCAGGAUUUACACACAGUUGUUUGUUUUCUCCCUGUCAAAGUGAUCUCACUCAGCUUCAGCUAUGUUUUGUGAUCAGAGCUCUGAAAGGGCCAAUCUGAAACUGAGGGUUCCAUCUGCACUGAAGUGCUUUUAAUUGUGUUUGCAGUUCAUUAUCAUGUGAAAAAUAGGCCUACUGUUUUUGCCGAGCAAAGAUGUAAAAUAUAUUACUAGAAAUGCAAUAAUAUUUUAGCUUUCUAUAAUGAAAGAUGUUCAUGCAUGUUGUUGGUAUUAGUUCUGUGUGUGCAGUUUUGGACAAGGUGUGAUGCUCUGUUUUCAGCCAUUUGCAGCUAUGCUAGGUCUUCCUGAGCUGCACCUGACCAUAUUACUGGACCUUAUUGUUACUGGACGUUAAUCAAGAUUGGAUGAGACCAGAGCCCGAAACACGGGUGCAGUUGACCUUUGUGUCAACUAAAAAACAUAUGUAUAUCAGCAUUAAGGUAGAAGAAGAAGCACACUAAAUCAUAAAGAAUAUCAACCCAGAUCAGAGCCACGGUAGAGAAAGGCACAAAAUAAAGAUGGAGAGGGAGAUAGCGAUGGCUUAGCAAUAUGACGGAAACCACAGAGGUUGCAUUGCAUUGAUUUCAUCUGUUUUAGUUGCCUGCCUUUCUCCUAUUAUCAAAUCAUACUUUAUCAGAUGUUUUUUCUCCCUGCUGUCCUCAGCACAACACUCCCCCUCCCCUCUCCUACCUCUUCCUCCUCCAGAUCCCAGCCUCCCAUAUCAUCAAUUUUUAAGGGGAAAAUAAAGCAGGUUGUUCCGGCAGCCUGGCAGGUAUGUGGGUCACAGUGGAGCAGCAGGCGUCGCCAGUCAGAGCGCCCCCCCCCCCCUUAAGCUCACAGCAUAUGUAGCACACAUAGCCAGAUGGCCCCUUGUGUUAAUAACGUGGUGUGACGUUGGCGGCCCCGCGCUCAGACGGGUCACAACCAGAUCAGUCCAUGUCUAAGAUGGAACCCGUUCCCAAUAUAGUGCACUACUUUUCAUCAGGACCUAUAGAGGUCCUGGUCAGCAUACAAGGAAUAGGGUGCUCAUUGUUACUCAGUCCUAAUCAAUGAGCUGAACGUAUGCGGAAAACACAGUGAAUUGAUUACUCCCCCCAGUCCGAUAGGCAUGUCUUUUCUUUAAUUGACGUUUUCUGUGGCGUAUCGACACAAAUUGAAGAACUGUUGGUUUAGAUUAACUUUUAACUUCUUCCGAUGUCUCGCUUGGUGUAGCAUGUGGUCAGUUGUCCGGCUGUAUAGAUCUUUCUACCUGUGCUGCAUGCUCAGCUGUUUCCAUUGGUUUUAUCGUCUGGUGUCUUUCUAGUGGGAAAGUGUAGGAUAUAUGUGUCUAGAGAACAGAAUAGCUUAGUUGAAGAGUGCAUCUUCAAAAGUCUUGCUUAGUUUUCAAGGGGAAUCGCAAAGAAAUGUCCCACACUGAAAGCAAGCUUCUUUGUAUAUUUUGUACAUUAUCCAUAAACCGACUAUGCACACCUCCCUGUCUUCCUUCGGCCUUUUUAAAUACACAGGGACAUUUCAUUGCUGUGUUUGAAAGCAACGGCUAAUCAAAGGGUAGAUGUAAUGAUGCUGACUGUAACAGUGACUUGUGAAUCACACACGGCCAGAUAGCCUCACUCAUCUGAACUGACUCAUACCGUGGGACAGGUCACACAUGAAGUAGGCAUAACGAGUCCGGGGACUUCAUGAUUCAUGCAGGCUGUCUCAAGGGCUUCCCUAUUGGAACUAGAACUCUGUGGGCCCUGUUCAAACAUAGUUAACUCUGGACGCAUUCCUCAAUAAGUUAGUUCCUCAGACUGGUCUUUCUCAGGUUUUGGGGCACUCUCCUCCAUGCUCAGUUUGGUAAGGUCCCCUGAGUGACAUGGUGAUGCGCUGGGAGAUUGCAGAUCUCUGCAAGGAUUGACGAGCCACCUUAAUGCAUAAUGUUCUGGUAAUGUACUAUGACUAAACCAUUCUGGUCACAGAUAUUUCACAAACUGUCAGAUGUUUUUAAGAUUGCUGUAGAAACCUGCCCUUUGGUGACCUUUUAAGCUUAAUCCAGUUUAUGAAUUCUUAAUGUGAAAACCAAUAUUUGUUUAUUAUAAACAAACAGUAGGACGUGUGUGUGUGUGAGUGUGUGUGUCUAUGUGUUUGUUUGUCUAUGUGUGUUUGUGUGCUACUAUACCAGUGGGGUCCGGUUGUCCUCAAAAUUAGAGUAACCCACAGCAAAUCAUGACCAAUGAGGAUGUUUUGGUCCUCACAUAUAUAAAUUGCAUUUUUAGGCAUGGGUUUAAGGUUAGGUUUAGGGUUUGGAUUAGGGGUCAGAAAAUAUAUUUUAUUGGAGAAUCAACUGUGAUCCCUGAAAAGUCCUCACAAGUAUAGUAAAACCUAUCUGUGUGUGGUAUGUCCAUCCAUGGUUAAUGAUAAAGACAUCCACCUGAAUCAGUUUCCAAGUCCCCAGACAUCUAUUCCCCUCUCUCACAUUGUUAGAGCUUAUGCAUUAUUUCACCUCAGCCUCACCUGAUAUAUGAACUGACAAUAAAUAAAGAGGCAAUUUGACAUUUCCACUUAUAAAGUUCUGGCUCCCUCUGUAAUAGUAUCAAUAUAUCAGCUAUAGGAAAGCCCUGUCACCACCAUCAUAGUUCAUUAUACAUGGCUAGUAUAUCUAUUUUUAUUUUUUUCAAAUGCUUUCUAAAAUGUGAAUGUAUGUGUACUGGAGUUCAAUACUAUCAAAAUGUAAUUGUAUUUUCAUGAGUUCUGUUAAGAUUUUAUUUUACAUUCCUCUGUAGAUGACCGUAAAUGUUAAUAGGUGUGUGUAGAUACAGUUGGCUGUUGACGUGGGUGUCUGUUGAUAAGAAUUUCUGUAGAUAAAGGUGUAUGUAGAUUAGAAUCAAUGUAGAGGAGGGUAUCAGACUACACAAUGCUAAAGAUCAAACCAACUCAAUUAUUGGCUUCUCAGUCAGAUUAACAAGGUAUGAUUGAUAGUGUUACAGUACAUGCAUGUAUACAAGAUCUAGCCAGGAUUUAAAUCACCACGGUUCAGCAAUUUCUAAGAAAAGACCUCAUGUUUUUGUCAUAAUAGAUAGUAAGCAUCAUACGAUAGAUGGAUUUCAAAAGACAACAAUGUGGGUCACGGUAGAUGUUAAUCUAGAGCUAUUACAGAAUGUGAAGUAGUCUGUUAUUGAAUUUCUAGGAUGCUGUGGUGAGAAGGGAAUCUGUGAUAAUGAAGAAGAUUUCCAUAGUAAUGAGCCAGACUGCUGAGACUGGGGACACAGUUCACCUGGGUACACAGGCCGGUUGAUUGACGGUGGGAAUAUUAAACAUAGAAGAGAGAGGACCCUGGGGACUUCUUAAUCAUCUUUCUAGUGACUAGUGAAGAUGUCAAGAUUCAACUAGCAAUCCAAGUAGUUGGGUGACUGCUGUGAUCCCAGUUACCCCUUUAAAUUAGGAACAUCUCACUUGCCUAAGCGGGGCUGUGGAAGGUUUAUAUUUUAUUAUUGCUUUAUUGCUUUAUUACAUCUGUUGAUAAUUAUGGACCUUUUAUGUGUUAGGUUAUUUAGUGUGUAAGUUGGCAAAGUUAGAAUCUGUUAAAGUUUUGUUGUGACCCAAAUUAGAUUAGAAUGGUUUAUAUCUCGUUGGUUAUUCAGACAUGAAAACAAAAAUAAA